AUGGCGCACGUCUGGAUCUUCGGUCUCGAGCCUGGCGCCGCGCUCCGGGAGGACGUACCCGUCUUCAAGUUCUCGGACGAGGAUAGGGAGUACCCGGGGCAGUUUGACGCUCCUCCCGAGUGGGCUGGCUUGCUCACCCUCGAGAUUGAGACUGCGAUGGAGUCGUUGGCGCGUGUGCGGGCCGCGACGGAGUCCAAGGGCUUUCUGAAGAAGUGGUUAUCGGGUCCGGAGGAGGAGCAGCAGUCUUUGACGUGUGAGCGGCGCGUUGAGCCUGAUAAAUGGAGGGAGUUGUACUUGAGCUGGGAAUGGCGGCAGAAGAUUGCGAAGAUGUGGUAUCGAUCGUCGCGGACGGAGUGGAUGAAGAGAUGA